CGGUGUACACAUUCGGUGACUGAAAUCAACAGCAGAAGAAGAACUGUGAAGAAUCUACGCGUGUUUUUACCGAAUGAAUGCUGGUCAAUGGCGGGACUGGAGCUGCUGUCAGAUCAGGGAUACCGACUCGAUGGACGGAAAGCCCCCGAGCUGCGGAAGGUGCAGGCCCGCAUGAGUGUGUUCGCGCAGGCCGACGGGUCCGCGUACCUGGAGCAGGGCAACACCAAAGCUCUGGCGGUGGUGUACGGGCCACACGAGACCCGAGGCUCUCGCAGUAAGUCGUUGCACGAUCGUGCGGUCAUUAACUGUCAGUACAGCAUGGCCACGUUCAGCACCGCCGAGAGGAAGAGACGUCCACACGGCGACCGUAAGUCCAGCGAGAUGAGCCUUCAUCUGAAGCAGACCUUUGAAGCGGCAGUGCUGACGGAGCUCUACCCGCGCUCACAGAUCGACAUCUACGUCAAGAUUCUGCAGGCGGACGGUGGGAACUACAGCGCGUGUGUCAAUGCUGCGACUCUGGCUCUGGUGGACGCUGGGAUCCCCAUGCGGGAUUAUGUGUGCGCCUGCACCGCUGGCUUUGUGGAGGACACAGCGCUGGCUGAUCUGUGUCACGCGGAGGAGAGCGGAGGCGGCACGUCACUGGCGCUGGCACUGUUGCCCCGCAGCGGGAACAUCGCCCUGCUGCAGAUGGACGCCCGGCUCCACCAGGACCACCUGAGCGCGUUAAUGGAGGCGGCCAUGACGGCGUGUAAAGGUCUGAGUAAAGUGCUGGACGGUGUUGUGCGUCAGCACCUGGAGGAGGUUUCAGUUCUUACCAGCGAAUGAAAACUUCAUCCUGGGCUCACUGGAAAUGGCAUAAAGACUCUAUCCACAGUGUUUUGUUAAAAAAAAAAAUUCUCUGUUUUGGAAUUGUAAUUAAAAGGUUUUGCUUUGUUUCUAAACAGUUAAAUAAAAUGUUCUCUGUUGUGUUGUUUUAUCAAAUUAAACAUCAUACUUUAUUCAGAA